AUGACAAGCGAGAAUAAAACGGUUGAUAUUGACCAAGCUAUCGAUGCGGCUACACCAUUACAUAGGCAGAUUCUCACAAACUACGCUCAGGACUUGGCAUGUGAUGACGUCAUUUAUGCACUUGGACAAGCGUUGAGAGAUAAAAAGAUAUCUGUACAAGAAUACCUACGACAUGUUCGAGAUAUCUCACGAAAACAAUUCAUAUUUCGGGCCACCAUGCAAAAGUUAUUCAUCUUUGCAAUUGUAUUUAUUGUUUCCAUUCAACUUUCCAUUGUGCUUGUUUUUGCCUUUCUUAUUGGAAGACCGGUUGCAGAUAUGCAGGCGAUAAAGUGUGUUGUGGUAGGUGAUGGUGCAGUCGGUAAAACGUGUCUACUGAUCUCGUACACAACAAAUGCAUUUCCCGGAGAGUAUAUACCAACGGUUUUUGACAACUAUUCUGCGAAUGUAAUGGUGGAUGGUCGUCCGAUCAACUUGGGUUUAUGGGAUACAGCAGGACAAGAAGAUUAUGAUCGACUUCGUCCUUUAUCUUAUCCCCAAACCGACGUAUUUCUCGUUUGUUUUUCACUCGUUAAUCCAGCUAGCUUCGAGAACGUCCGUGCGAAAUGGUACCCGGAAGUUUCUCAUCAUUGCCCUACUACUCCUAUCAUUCUUGUUGGAACAAAAGCUGACUUGCGUGAUGAUCGAGAAACCAUUGAAAGGCUUCGAGAGCGUAGGUUGACUCCGAUCAGCCAGACUCAGGGAUUGGUUAUGGCAAAAGAGAUCAAAGCUGUCAAAUAUCUCGAAUGUUCUGCUCUCACUCAACGGGGUUUGAAGCAGGUUUUCGAUGAGGCGAUACGCGCUGUGCUAUGUCCGCCUCAGAAGCCUAAGAAGAAGAAGUGCUCCAUCUUAUAA